AUGCCGCCGCCAUCGCCGCCGCCCGCCGCGCCCACAACUCGCGACGCGGCGAGCCGCCCAACCACGCCGCUGCCGCCCCACUUUGACCCCAAGGCGCUGAUGGCCUCGAUCGAGUCGGGAGCAAUCGCCGCGCUGAGCGGCCGCUUCGCCGCCAAUUGGCGCGCCACCGGCAAGCCGCUGCCGCGGCGCCAGGACAUGCCGCCCGAGGCCUUCUUCCCCGUCGCGAAGCUGCGCUGGCUGGUGGAAGCGCUGGGCGACGACUGGGGGCUCCUCUUUGUGGCUCUGUCGUACCGCUGGCUGACCAAGGAGCACCCAGACCCGGAGCGGUUCCACCUGGACAUCGUGUCCGCGUCGGAGCUGCCGCCCGGCUUCGCAGAGGAGAUGGAGGCGCUCGGGCUCGCACGCUCCUACGAGGAGAGCGGCUGGUGCUUCGUGGAGGCGGCCACCUCGGCGGGGGUCAAGGUGGGGACGCGGCGGCUCGACCUCGGCAAGCGGACCGACCUGGCCAUGAUAAAUUUCUACGGCUAUCCGGAUACACCUCCCCAGUACCAUCUGGAAGGUGUGUGCGCGGCGCGGCGGCAGCCGCCGCUGCUGCCCGACGAGGUGCGGCGGCUGCUCGAGAAGGAGAAGAAGUUCACCACCGGCAAGGAAGACGUGGAGGUCGUGGACAAGCUGUACCGCGGCUUCUUCGACGGCGUUGCAGGCGCGGCGACCUCGCUCAACUUCAGCAACCUCGGUUGGGGCCCCGCAGAGGCGCAGGCGCUGGUUGGCGUGCUGCCUUGCUUUGCUGCGUUGCAGAGCCUCGAUCUGACGGGCAACGAGCUGGGUGCAGAAGGAGGAGCGCACCUGGCGGGCUACCUGCGUGUCAGCGCCUCCCUGACGUCCAUGGACAUCUCGAACAACAGGCUGUGCGGCGUCUGGGACGAGUACGAGCGUGGCUCCUAUGUUCCCAAAGGCACUUACGACGCGACAGGGAUCAAUGCCAUCGCUGAUGCGCUGCGCGUCAAUGCCUCAUUGACGAGCGUAUCUCUGUCGAACAACGGCAUCGGCGCAGAGGGUGGCGUGGCAAUCGCAGAGGCCCUCAAGGCCAACGCCUCGAUGACGGCGAUCGAUGUGUCGCACAACAAGAUCGAUCAGCCGUCGGCGCGCCUCAUCCUGGAGGCGAUGAAGGGUAAGAGCAUGCAGUCCAUCACCAUGGCCGGCUGCAGCCUCGGUGUGGAGGAGGCCAAGAUCCUCGCCGAGUACACUCGCGUCAUGGCCUCGCUGACCGCGACAAAUGUGCUGCACAACAAGUUCGACGCGGAUGCUGUCUCCAUGCUCCUCAAGGUCAUGCAGGAGCAUACCAACCUGUCCACUCUGUGCGGCUUCAAGGGAGACGAGACUAGCAUCGACUUCUGUAACGAGGGCCUCCUCCCAGUGGAUGCGAUGCUGAUUGCGCCUGAGAUCCGCGUCAUGGCCUCGCUGACCUCCGCAGAUUUCAGCCAAAACCAGCUGGGACCCGAGGGCGUUAAAGCACUCGCGCCAGCGCUGGCUGCCAGCGCCUCGCUGACGAGCGUGUCGCUCGCUGACAACCGGCUGUGCGGCGUGGACGGGGAUGGAAACGGCACCUACGAUGCGACCGGCAUCAAAGCCAUCGCUGAUGCCCUGCGCGUCAACGCCUCGCUGACGAGCUUGAGCCUUCGCGAAAACAACAUCAAGGGCACGGGCGAGGCGCUUUGGGAGGCCCUCAAGAACAACUCGUGUAUCAAGACGCUCGAUCUGUGCCUUUGCAGUCUCGGGCCAGAGGACGGGACGGGCCUGGCUGGCGGCAUUGCCGUCAGCGCCUCCCUGACGGAGGUUUACAUCUGCGGCAACAACAUCAGGAACGGUGGGGCAGAAGCAAUUGCUAAUGCUCUCAAAGCCAACGACUCGUGCGUGCUCAAGAAACUGGCGGUAGACCUUGGUCUUGAGGACCAUGAGGGCCUCAAAUCAGCCUGCCAGCUCCGAGGAGUGGAGCUCGAAGGAGUGGAGUAAAGCAUACAAGUCGGGCGAGAACUGAUGGGUAUGUUUUCACGUUUUUACAAACUGCUCUGCGU